GCUUAGAGUUGGUACGGCCGUCCAUACAAACAAGAGCAGUUGGCAGCUAUCUGCAGUGAUGUAAUAUUUCCGCCAUCGGAGGCAUUUCAUAUACGGCGCAUCAGAGAGCAGGAAGCGAAAUUUAGCGACACGCCGGCCAACAUGGUGCUUCCCCCUCCUACUAAGGACAUACUGGAACGUGUCAGGGCCGAAUUCGGGCUGGAUGAGGAAGGGAUGAAGCAGGCGAUCCAGGUCGUUAAGGACUGGCUCAAGCAGCAGCCUCACCUGCCUCAGGACUGCGAAGAUGGGAGGCUGGAAAGGUGGAUCAUCCGCUGCAAGAACAGCCUGGAGAGAACGAAAAAGUCUCUGGACCUGUACUACACUCUGAAGACAGCAAUACCGGACAUACUUCUGGACAGGGAUCCCCGCAGCCAGUGGUUCAGGAAGGUUGUCAAUGUGGCUUUCGUGUGUCCUCUGUCACAAUUAACGGAAGACUACAACAGGGUAACGGUGCUGGGCUGCCUGGAACCCGAUCCGAACAAGAUCAUCGUACAGGACAUUCUGAAACUCAGCUUCAUGGUGCAGGAUGUCAGGAUGUGUGAGGACUAUUGCAUCUCCGACGUCUACAUCAUGGACUUCAACAAGUUCUCAGUGGGUCAUGUCACCAAAGUCACGUUGCCCAUUUUGAAGAAGAUGGAAGUUUGUGCAAUGAAAAGCUUCAACAUGAGAAUCAAGGAGAUCCAUCUAGUUAACGUACCUCCAUUUGCUGAUACUAUGGUAAACCUUCUGAAGAUGGUUCUAAAACCGAAGCUUAUUUCCAGGAUACACGUCCACACAAAAGGACACGCUGCAUUACAUGGUAUGAUAUCGAAGAGGAUUCUACCUAGCGAAUAUGGCGGUGAGAACGGCUCUCUUAUUGACCACUGGUCUGCCUGGUUACGAAAGCUGCAGAAUUAUCGAGAUUGGUUCUUGGAACAAGAUAAAACGAAAUCCGAUGAAUCUAAGAGACCAGGAAAAGCCGUCAACAACGGAGACCUGUUUGGUUUCGAAGGUUCGUUCAGAAAACUGAAUUAUUACACAUUGCUUUUGGUGUCCAGGUGUGAGAUGCAAACGGAUCUGAUAAAACCUCCGAGUAAAGAGAUACUGGAGAGAGUACGGGGCGAGUAUAAUCUGAAUACUGAACGAGUGAGGGAAGCUGUGGAACAUCUGAAGGACUGGAUACAGCUGCAGCCUCAUCUGCCUAAAGAAACUGUUGCAGAUGAUGGCAGGCUGGAGCGGUGGCUCAUCCGAUGCAAGAACAGCACGGAGAAGGUCAAGAGGACGCUGGACCUGCACUAUACGCUGAAGACAGACGUGCCUGAGAUAAUGAUGGGCUGGGACACACAUGCAGACUGGUUCAAAUCCAUAACAAAUAUUGUGUUUUAUAUCCCCAUGCCUCAACUCACUUCAGACUGUGACAGAGUCACUAUAUUCGGUCUGCAGACAUCCAACACCACAAAUUUCGACGCUCUGGACUACAUUAGAGUAACAGAAAUGGCUCUGGAGAUAAGAAUUAGGGAGGAUUAUUCCCUGUCUGAUAUCUACGUAUUGGACCUAGCCAAAUACAGUCUGGGACACAUUCCAUACUUUACUCUACCUGUUCUGAAGAAAUUUAUUUUAUGUGCAGUAGGAGGAUACAAUCUUCGUAUUAAGGCGAUACACGUUUUGAACGCCCCACCAUAUGCUGACACCUUAAUUGCAUUGAUUAAACUUCUACUGAAACCCAAACUUGCAGCCAGGAUUCACGUUCAUGGCACCGAUUUGACGUCAUUCUACGAGCAAGUGCCGAAGAAAAUCCUUCCUACGGAAUAUGGCGGAGACUCAGGGUCCGUGUCCGAAAUCUGGGAUCGCUGGGUGAAGAAGAUUGAAAGUUACCGCGAAGUAUUUCUGGAACGUGAAAAACACAAAUCCGACGAGUCUAAGAGACCUGGUUGUUCCAUCAGCAGCAGUGACCUUUUAGGAUUCGAAGGGUCGUUCAGGAAGCUGGAAGUGGAUUAGCCCUGUCUCUUAAUGAGAAACAUCCUGACAUUAUGAGUUGUGUAAGAGUCUCGACCACAAUGUUCUGUUACAACGUAACGUUGCAAACGCUCCCUAUAAUAACAUGCAGCCCUCGGCACCCAGAAUUACACCGAUCUUUCUUGUGAUACAAACAUACACUCACGGAAAACAACGUUACCGUUUAAGUACAUAUUAAAAAUAAUGUAUUAAGUUUGUUGUGACAUCUUUAGAUUAAGAUGGGAGGUAAAAUGGAACAUUAAAUUUUGUUAGAAUAUUCUGCUGUUACAGCAUAAGAA